GAGGAGGGUGCGGGGAUCUCUCUCUUGAAGGGAAGGGGAGGUGGAUCUCUCGAUUCGAUCUCUCGGCUAAUCCUAUUUUAAUUUCAUUUUUUAAAAUUCCGUUGGACAUUAUUUCAAAGCCAAUUCUUUUAUUUACAAAAUUUUCUAAUUCAUUCUUCACAAUUGGGCAAUAAUAAUAUUUAAUUGUUAUAUUCCUCUUCAUUUUUCCCUUCACAAAUUUCCUCCUCUUCUCUCUCCGUUCAGAAAAGAGACAGGUUUUUAAUUUUUUUUUUGAUGGCUCUACUAGAACCGGCAAUAUAUAUGUAGCUUUUUUACUUUACUAUUAGAGAGAAAAUUACAACCGGCAAAAGCUUUUUCUAUUCAAAAAUAAUUUUUUUGUCUGUCCUUCUUCCUCAUACCUUUUUUUUUAUUCUCCUCAUCAUCACCUUCCUCAACCAAAAGCAAUUUUUUAAUUGUUAAAAACUUAUUAUUUUUUAUGUUGUUUUGUAUGAAUGACUCUUUUCCUCAUUUUUGAUCAAUUUUUUUAUUCUUUACUGAUUUUUUACCUUACGGGGCUUUCUGCUUUUGUGUUGUGUUACUAGCUAGUAUAAGUUGCGCGGCGCCGGAUCGAUGUAUUUAUUAUUACAUGUAUGCGCAAUUGUAUUAUUAAUUUUGCUGAAUGUCAGGGAUAGGCCCUGCAGAAUUUUAAAAAACGGAAGAAAGCGGAACAAAAUAAAAUGUGGCAGACGGGAGCUGGUAGCGAAAUUAGGGCCAAUGUCUGUUGCAUGGCCUUUAACCUUUGGAUUUUCCUUAAAAAAUAUUUUAACAAAAUUUUUUAAAAAGAUUUUUUUAGGCCAUCCAUCCUUCGAUGGUUUCUUCUUCAUCCCCUUUUUGGACUGGAUUUUUAUUUUUUGUUUUGAAUAUUGCAAAAAUGGGAAGGCCAAUCUUACUUCAUAUCCCUUCAAAUAGAUCGUUCCCAAUUUUACCUGGGCUUGAACCUAUGGCUGGAGAAAAAUCAGCUCCACAUUUUUUUACUAUUACAGAGCGCUUUUCGAGAACAAAAAUGUCCAAUUUAAAUUUGAGACGAAAAAGACAGGUAAUUGCUGGUCAAGUAUAUGAAUGGCCAAGUAAUUUAGUUCCAUUUCAAAUAUGGGGAGGAGAUGCAAAUUUCCAAAGUUUAAUUCGUCGUGGAAUAAAAAUGUGGGAGGAAGCAACAUGUUUACGUUUCCGUGAAAAUUUACAAGCUACAGAUGCAAUUAGAUAUGUACUUGAAAGGGGAGAUAGUUGUUUUACUGAAUAUAUUGGAAGGAAUGGUGGAUUUCAAGAUAUUAUUAUUGGCUCAGAAUGUGCAGAAGAGUAUGUAGUUGCACAUGAAACAGGUCAUGCCCUUGGAUUUUGGCAUACACAUCAAAGACCGGAUAGGGAGCGUUAUAUAAGUAUAAAUUGGAGAAAUGUUUUGGAAGAAGCAACAGCAUCUUUUAUGCCUUUCCGUUCAAUGCUUCAAGCUUUUGCUAUUAAACAGGUCUCAGGCCGGCGUUCCCCUUAUGAUUAUGGCUCGUUAAUGCAUUAUCAUGCAGUUAAUUUAUUUUUUCAAUUAAUUAAAAAAUUAAUUUUUCUUUUGGGUUGCGCAUGCUAG